UAUCAUUCUCAGUUGAUGAUAUUGGAAUAAACGUAUUAUUAUUCUACUCCCUUGCUGCUGUAGUAGAAAUACCAGCUUCUGUCAUUUACUUUUACCUUCAAAAAUUCAGCGGAAGGCGCUAUACACUGACCGUUUCUAUGGCAGGAAGUGGUUUGAUGUACCUUUUAGCAAUUGCAUUCCAAUCAGAUUAUCCAAUCAUCCUAAUUGUUUUAACUGUAGCAUCAAGGCUCUGCACAACGAUUUCAUUAAAUUCCUUGUAUUUACUUGUAAUGGAAAUUUAUCCUACUGUUGUACGCAAUGUUGGUGUGGGAUUAUUUUCAAUGAUGGCACGAAUAGGUGCUCUGGCAGCUCCUUUUAUGAAAGAAGCAGCAAAGAAUGUUCAUAUUUCAUUUCCCCUUGCGUUGUUUGGAACACUUUUUAUUAUAAGCAGUGCUUUGUCCUUACUCUUACCGGAAACUAAAGAUUCGCAAUUGGCUGAUACCUUAUCACAAUUAGAAGAUAGAAAAAAAAACGGUCUUCUUCUGCGUGGAAAGAAAGCUGAAAAUGAAGAAGAAGACGAAGAAGGAAAUUAAAGAACUAAUUAAUUGUUUUUACCUCUACGUCCUGAAUGUUUUACUUUUUGUUUCUAUAUUGUCUACUUGGACAUUGUUUAUAAAUAGGACUUAUUACACUGGUAUAAUUUUUGAUUAGCAAAGAUAAGAGGAGUCUUAGUCAAAAGUCAAAACAAAAUAUCUUCAUU